AUGACGAAAGCCAGUUUGCCGGUCGCGACACAAAAUCUUGAUGAAAGACAGCAGCCUCGAAAAUGCCCGAUAUGCCAGGGUCAGCAUAAGCCGUACGACUGCAAACGUCUUAUCGAAGCUUCAGUGGCCAAUAGAUGGACUGAAGUAAAAUCUCGACGUCUAUGUUUUGAGUGCUUGAAUGCUGGUCACACCACACGUGACUGCAGACAACGAAAGAUUUGUGGAACCGGUGGAUGCAAUCGAUUCCAUAACAAAUUGCUGCACGAAACCCCUCCCGUACAACCGCCAGUGCCAUCGUCUUCGUCGACGAAGAAUACCACUCAACCGACUUCAACUCAGCUAUCGUCGCCGCCCCCAGUAAACAGCCGACAGUCUACCGAUACAGGAGCUGCAGUGUUAAGCUGCGCCGCCAAUUCAAAAGUAAGUAAGCUACUAUUCCGUAUACUUCCAGUUACAGUAUAUGGAAGACAACGCCACAUAGACACGUAUGCUCUAUUGGACGAAGGCUCUUCCAUCACCAUGAUCGACAACACUCUCGCCGAAGAGCUUGACUUGCGCGGACAGCAACACAAUCUCAACGUUCAGUGGUUCGGUGGCCAUUCCGUACAGGAGCCAGCAACCUUGGUUGGCCUGUAUAUCAGCGGUGCAGGUAUGACAAAGAAGCACAAAAUGCAAAACGUGUACGCUGUGAAAAAUCUUCAAUUGCCAUCGCAAAGCCUUAGCCCCGUUGACCUACUUUGCGAUGACAAACGAGUCCGUCAAUUGCCCGUACAGCCACAAUCUGGUGCGGUACCGAGAGUACUUAUCGGUAUCGAUAACUGCCAUUUGGGUAUUGCAUCCUCAACUAUUUCGAUGAGGAAAAAUGGACCAUACGCUGCCAAUACAGAACUGGGGUGGGUAGUGUUCGGCCCGACUAGCAAAAAUAUGCCUACACCAUCAACGUGCCUUUUAGUUAAUAGAAGUCCGGACGAGACACUACACAAAAUGGUUGCCGACUUUUUUGAAAUUGAAAGUUUCGGCGUUAGAGCUGCAGCACGCGUUGAAAGUGAAGUUGACGUCCGUGCCAGGACUAUAUUAGAGUCGACAACCAGCCGCAUUGGUACAAGAUUCGAAACCGGACUUCUAUGGAAAGAAGAUAAUGUGCGUCUGCCAGACAGCUACAAUAUGGCGCUCAAGAGAUUGGUGAGUGUCGAAAAGCGAAUGAGUCGUGACGUGAGCUGCGCCGCCGCCUACAAGCUCAUGGUAGCCUCUUACGUCGAAAAGGGUUAUGCGCGUAAACUUGAACCGUCAGCUGUCGCCUCGAUAACGCCACGUACAUGGUACCUGCCGCACUUUGCCGUGUUGAACCCGAAUAAACCCAAUAAGCUACGAAUAGUCUUUGAUGCUGCCGCCGAGGUUAAUGGAGUUUCGCAGAAUCGUCAUCUGCUUAAGGGUCCGCAGGAGUACAGACCGUUGCCAUCCAUCCUUUUCCACUUCCGUGAAGGGGCAGUGGGUGUUUGUGGUGACAUCAAAGAGAUGUUUCACCAAGUGCUGAUACGCCCAGAUGACAGACAGGCCCAGCGAUUCCUGUGGAGAGAUGGAGACUCUGAGAGACAACCAAGUGUAUACGAAAUGUCCGUGAUGACGUUCGGAGCUGCUUGCUCACCUUGUGCUGCACAUUACGUCAAAACGCGAAACGCUUUGGAACAUCGAGGUGACAAUCGUUACACAGCCCGGGCCAUAAAAGCCAUUUUAGAUUAUCACUAUGUCGAUGAUUUAGUGGAUAGCUUCGAUACGCCAAAGGAAGCUAUCGCUGUUGCAACCCAAGUAAGAGCGAUUCACAUGGAUGCUGGUUUCGAGCUCCGCAACUUCACAUCCAGUUCGUCAGAGGUGGUCGCCGCUCUGGGUGGCGUCGACGUCACCAAGACUCUUGUUAAUAAGGAAGGCCUAAUGUCGGAAAAGGUGCUCGGCUUACACUGGCAGCCAACCACAGACUGCUUCAGCUUUAACCUAAAAUUUCACAACGUCAGUGAAGCCGUGGUUGAAGGUAACAGACGCCCUACAAAGAGGGAGCUUCUUAGUGUGGUGAUGUCGGUAUUCGACCCACUAGGAUUCCUAGCACAUUUCAUCAUAAGCGCUAAACUACUUAUGCGUGAGGUUUGGCGACAUGAGGCGAGCUGGGAUGAACCGUUGCCUGACAAACUCGCAGAGCUGUGGGAAAGGUGGCAUAAGCAAUUGCCGGCAGUGACCGAAUACGCCAUUCCUCGAUUUUAUUUCCAUGGAGGUCAGCCAGAAGAACUGCAACUACACGUUUUCGCGGAUGCCAGCGAAAACGCAUUUGCCGCCGUCGCGUAUUGGAGAGCAACAAACUGCCGUGGUGAAGUUGAUGUUACCUUCGUCUGCGCUAAGUCUAAGUGCGCGCCACUAAAACCACUUACUGUACCGCGUUUAGAACUGCAAGCAGCCGUUUUGGGUACACGACUAAUGCAGACCGUGCGCUCGGAGCACGAUGUAGUUAUUGACAAGUCCUACCUCUGGAGUGACUUGAAGACAGUCGUGAAUUGGAUACGAAGUAAACAUCGCAGGUACAAGCCGUUCGUGCAACACAGGAUUGCAGAAAUUUUAGCCGCCACGAAAGUAUCCGAUGGGCAGUGGGUACCUACUGCAGAAAAUGUCGCCGACGAAGCAACACGUGUCAAUCACAAAGUGACGUUUGCCUCAACAAGCCGUUGGGUCCAUGGACCACUAUUUUUACGCCAACCAGAACACGCCUGGCCCUCUGAAGACGUCGCUGCCCCUAAGCUCAAUGAAUCCGACGAGGAGAUUCGACCUCAAUACGCUUUGAGCAUUAUAAGUUGUGACCUUAUCAAUUUUAAUCGUUUCUCAUCAUUUAACAGGUUGGUAAGAGCCACAGCCUGGGUAAUCUUGUUUACCAAAAUAAUACGCCGCCAAGUUCAAAUUUUAAAAAAUUGCUACGGAUUGACAGCCAGCGAUUUGGAAGCAGCAAAACGCCUACUGUGCCGUAUCGCCCAAGGUGAGGCCUUCGGUACGGAAAUUCAACGAAUCAGUAACGGGAAGGGUAUAUCUCGCCAAAGCUCUAUACUACAGCUAUCGCCGUAUCUCGACGACGAAGGUGUCUUACGCGUUCGCGGGCGCAUCGAUGCUGCCAGCUGGUUGCCAAUGGACGUGAGACACCCCAUUAUAUUGCCGCCGACACAUACGUUCACGAAACUAAUGACAUCGCAUCACAACAUGAUUAUGGGUCACCAAAACACGGAAGCAACGAUAUGCUCCAUACGGCGUAGUUACUGGGUACCACGCUUGAGAAGCCUUCUACGCAACGUCAUUGCCAGUUGUCCAGUGUGCCGCAUCCGCAAAGCAAUUCCGAUUCCCCCGCUGAUGGGACCGCUUCCCGUUGACCGUUCACAUACACGGGCCUGGACUACUUCGGACCUCUACAUGUGA